AUGCCUCUCUCUCUCUCUCUCUCUCUCUCUCUCUCUCUCUCUCUCUCUCUCUGUCCAAAACCAAUGUUAUUUGUACUCAAGAACCGUACAUAUACAUUAAAUUAUUCUCUCUAUCCCUCUCUCCCUUCCACUUCCCGUGCCUUUCUGCAUCUAUCUAUGUCUGAUCUUUUUAAUAUCUAUCUAUCUAUCUAUCUAUCUAUCUAUCUAUCUAUCUAUCAGUCUGAAUCAGUCUGUUCAUAUCUAUCUGUCUCAGUCUGCUCCUAUCUAUCACAGUCUGCUUAUAUGUAUCGAUUCAUUAUCUAUCUGUUCAUAUGUGUUUCUCUAAAGGAUCUAUCUAUCUAUCUAUCUAUCUAUCUAUCUAUCUAUCUAUCUAUUUUUCAUCCUUUUUUAGGACCCUCGUUCUCCUCUCACCUUGUCUGUUUUUUUUCUUCAUCAUUUAUUUUCUUACAUUUCUUCUUCCUUUUUCUUUUCUUUUUUGCGGACGCUCCCUUUCUCUUUUUAUAUUUCUCUUCUUUUCUCUCAUUUUCAUUUACAUUUUUCAUUCUUCUCUCCCCUACUCUCUCCGUCUCCCACCCACUUUCUCUACACUCCCCUCUCUCUCUCUCUCUCUCUCUCUCUCUCUCUCAGUUAAUUUUUUUCUUUUUACUCUCUCUCUCCUUCUCCUUCACCUUCUCCCCGCUUUUUCUCUUUUUGACUCUCUCUCUCUCUCUCUCUCUCUCUCUCUCUCUCUUAUACGUUUUCCAAAUUACUCUCAAUCUAUCCAUUUUGACCUCUCUCUCUCCUUCUGUCGCUCCUUCUCUCUUUUUUGCACGAGUUACUCUCAAUCUAUCCAUUUUUAUCUUUCUUUUUCUAAAACCUUUCUCUCUCUCUCUCUCUCUCUCUCUCUUUCUCUCUCUAGAUGAACGUUUUCCUUCCAUCCUUUUCCAAGUUACCCUCAAUCUAUCCAUUUGUAUCACUCUCCCUUUCUCUCUCUCUCUCUCUCACUCACUCUCUCCGUGUACGUUUUCCUUCCAUUCUUUUGCAAGAGAUACUCUCUCUAUAUAUCCAUUUCUAUCUAUCUUUUUCCUCCUCUCUCACUUUCUCUCUACAUCAAAUAAUUUUACGCGAUUUAUUACAUUUCGCCCGACCAUUGGGACAAAUGUGAUUAAUCUCCUCUUCCUUCUCCUCUUCCUUCUCCUCUCCACCUUCUUCGAUACAUCCAUCUAUCUGUCUAUCUCAUUAUCUAACUUUCCCUCUUCGUGCUUUUUUCUUGUCCUCUUUUGGUUUCUCUCUCUCUCUUUGCUAUGUUUCUCUCUUUGCUAUUAUCAAACUUUCACACUCUCUCUCUCUCUCCUUCCCUCUUUCUUUCUUUCUUUCUUUCUUUCUUUCUUUCUUUCUUUAUCUAUCUAUCUAUCUAUCUAUCUAUCUACAUUUGUAUCAUUAUAG